AUGAAAAAAAGAAUGAUGGUCAAAAGUGUAAGGUCCAAGCCCAGAGGUGGCCCAUCGAAAGGGGCCGGUGGUGGUGAUGGUGAUAGCGGUGGAGGUCGCGACCGACAAUGUUAUAACUGUGGAAAACAUGGGCAUAUGUCCCGGGAUUGCGCCAAGUCCAGAGGUGGCCCGUCCAAAAGGGGCGGUGGCGGUGGCAGGGGUCGUGAUGGUGGUAGGCGGAGGGGUGGUAAUAGGGGUGGUGAUGGUGGACGGUCUAAUGAAGACGGCCUCGCCGCGGCCGAAGAAGGACCUCAAUCAGACGACCGCCGGAACUCCGCAGCCGCCAAACGUAAGGGAUAUAUUAGUACCGAUAGCAGACACCCAAAAAAGAAAUGA